AUGAAGGUAUUCACGACUCUCGCUUUGACGACGGUCUUCGCCGUGGCUGUCCGCGCCCAGUCGUCCACCGAAUCCAGCGCUGGCACGGUCACCGCCGCCUCAGACGCCACGUCCGCCUCGGGCGCGUCCACCUCGACGUCCAAGUCCACCACGACUUCGACGACCACGAAGACAUCGGGCUCGGGCGCAAGUGACUUCAUGAGCUCUCUGUCCACAGGCUCGUCGUCUGGCGCUGAAGCUGCCGCUUCGGACUCUUACCACAUGACCCCUGUCCACGUGGUGCAGGCCCGCGUGCAGAGCGACAUGCCUGUGUGGAAUGAGGAGCUGCAGCGCUUCGUGUCGGCCUACUAUGACGACGCUACCGAGGCCUACGUCGGCCUCAUGGACACGGUUAACACGGCGUCUGUGGAGGGUGCUCUCAUGUACGUCCAGGCUGAAGGAAUUAACUACGACACGCGCUCGACUGAGGAGCGAUGCACGCGUAAGAAUGAGAUGGCCUACGUUGUCUUCUAUGAAUAUGCAAUCGCCCAGACGAACGAGACACUAGCGCUGUACGGGGAAACGUCAAACCAGCCCGAGUACGGCACCAUGCUCGCAAUGGACUCGGGGCGCUGCACACCUAGUUCUACGACGUCGUCCGGUGGUGAGGGAUUCCCCACUGCGUGUUACUACUUCAGUGGUGACGAGGGCGAGCCGGAGGUUGGCCCCUUCGUGGGUGGCACCAUCAAGGAGACGGACCCUCGUGCCCCGUACCCGAACAAUGUUUGGUACUCGUUCCCGAACUCGUGCCCCCUUGAGGAGUGGAGCGACAAGACGUCCGAAUGCCGUGCGAGCACCCGCCAGGGUCUGUGUGACAUUGGCGUCAUGCCUGAUGGUGUGAGCUGCACAUUCGCAUACCGUGUGCUGGGCUACAUCCUGAUCGAUGACCUGGUCGGUAUCACGUCGAUGGUGAGCAACACGACGGGUGAGACGUACGCCAACUUUACCGAGUUCUGUGAGGACGGCGGUGUGGAGUUUGAGGCCACUGAGAGUGGUGAGUGGAUCGACGGUAUCUCCUUCUGGGAGAACCCACAGGACGAGGAAGCCAAUGCUGAGCGUGCCAAGAAGCUUGUCGAGGCUUACUACAAUCUGACGAACGGUCUCAUUGAAACCUCUGGCUUGGACUCGAGCAUCAUCGAGCACAUGCUUCCUCUGCCCACCCCGGAGGAGCUUGCGGCUGAGAACCCGGCGUGCUACCUUAACGUCGAGAAGUGCAGCAGUGACGCCGGCUGCAAGCGUGAGCUCUUCGGCUCCACGUGCACGGUCUGCAACUCGACUUCGGACGGCUGUGAGAAGCCUCCCAGUGACUGGAAGUUCCCCUCUCUGGAGAAGGCUGUGGGUGAGAACGGCGGUACUGGUGACGCCUCUGCUGACGGCUCCACCACCAAAGACUCGACUUCGUCGGGCAAGGACGGCAACUCGAGCUCCAGCGGUGCUGCCAUGAACGGCGUGUCGGCUGCGAUCAUGUCGACGGUGCUGGCUAUGGCCGCUGCCCUUGUCUUUUAG